GGCGGCGGCGGCGCUGGGCCGGGAGGCGGCCUUCGUGGAGGUGGUGCUCUUCGAGUCCAGCCCCGGCGGCGACUAUACCACCUACACCACGGGGCUGCAGGGCCGCUUCUCCCGGGCCGGGGCCACGCUCAGCGCCGAGGGCGAGAUCGUGCAGAUGCAUCCAUUGGGACUCUGCAACAACAAUGAUGAAGAAGACUUAUAUGAAUACGGCUGGGUUGGAGUUGUGAAGUUGGAGCAGCCUGACCUGGAACCCAAACCCUGCCUCACUGUUCUGGGCAAGGCCAAGCGAGCAGUUCAAAGAGGAGCCACAGCUGUCAUUUUUGAUGUGUCCGAAAACCCAGAUGCCAUUGAUCAGCUAAACCAGGGCUUGGAGGACCCACUGAAAAGACCAGUUGUUUAUGUGAAAGGGGCAGAUGCAGUCAAGCUGAUGAACAUUGUUAACAAACAGAAAGUGGCGCGGGCCAGAAUCCAGCACCGUCCACCACCUCAACCCACCGAAUACUUCGACAUGGGGAUUUUCCUUGCCUUUUUUGUGGUGGUCUCUCUGGUUUGCCUGGUUCUUCUCAUCAAGAUCAAACUGAAGCAGCGUCGCAGCCAGAGCUCCAUGAAUAGGCUGGCUGUGCAGGCGCUGGAAAAGAUGGAGACUCGGAAGUUCACGUCCAAGCUGAAGACGCCCUGCGAAGGCAGCUGCGGUGCCCUGGACACUCUCAGCAGUGGGUCCACCUCGGACUGCGCCAUUUGCCUGGAGAAGUACAUGGAUGGGGAGGAGCUGCGCGUGAUUCCCUGCACCCACCGGUUCCACAGGAAGUGCGUGGAUCCUUGGCUUCUGCAGCAUCACACCUGCCCCCACUGCCGUCACAACAUCAUUGAGCAAAAGAAGGGAAACUCCAGCCUGGUGUGUGAGGAGAUGGCCAACCAGUUACACAGCCGGCAGCAGCAGCAGCAGCAGCAGCGUGUGAUCCUGCCUGUCCACUUCCCUGGCCGAGCACACAGAGGGGGUCACGUCACUGCCUACCCCACGCACACCAGCAUGGACCCCCACGGAAAUCCCAUCACUGUCUUGACGGUCGAUCGGCAUGGAGAGACUCCAGCCUUCUUCCGGAGCUACCCGCCCAUUCUACACCUGGAGCCCCACCCUGGCACAGUCGAGCGCAAGUCCUGCCCAAUGCCUCACCCUUUCCAGAGGCCGAAGUUCAGCGGGGACCCUUUCUCCAAGCCAGAUUGCUUCUCCCAGUACGAGACUAUGUUUCAGCAUUACUAUUUCCAAGGCCUUAGCUACCCUGAGCCACCACAGAGCGGUCAGUUCCCUCUCCAUGUGGCUGCCAAGGGCCCCUCCCGUGCCUUCCAGCCUUUCGGCAGCCACAGGCUCUUCCCCCCUGCGGUCCACAUCGCCCCUUCCGCCCAGCCAGAGAGCGGCAGCGCUUCCGGCUUUGGCUGCUACCAUGGCCACCGUUCAGUCUGCAGCGGCUACCUGGCCGAUGGCCCCGGUAGUGACAGCAGCAGCAGUGGCCGCUCAGCCCGGUGCCACUGCUCCUCCAGUGACUCCAUGGUGGACUGCACAGAGGUCAGCAACCAGGGGAUUUACGGGAGCUGCUCCACCUUCCGCAGCUCACUGAGCAGUGACUACGACCCCUACAUCUAUCGCAGCAAAAGCCCCUGCCGGGGCGGGGAAAAAAGCAGGGUCCUCCGUGGGGAGGUGAUGCUUCUGGAAGGUUCUUCUGCGCUGCACCCGGUGGCAGACAAGAGCCAGUCUGAGCCAGCUGCCGCAGCAGGGGACCAACUGUCUGACUGCAGCCUUGAAAUGAAUUGCAGCAGCAGCAGCAGCAGCAGCAGCAGCAGCAGCAGCAGCAGCCGCUCUUCGCUGGAGCAGAAGGAACUUGCCUGCACCCUGUCUGAGCGAGGAGGCCCCCGAGCACCCCCCGAGACCACUGGAGAGACCAGUCAGACUGGGAGGGAGCUUUGUGAGCGAGCAUGUGGCUGCUGCUUGGAGGUACAUGCUGCCCCACGGGAAUUGCCAAGUAGGGCAGCCGGUGGCAGCAGCAGCACGCUGCUUCAGGGCAUGCCACUUUGGACAGGGGGUGGCUCUUUGCGGGAGCCCAAGACAAGGAGAAGUCAGGGCGUGGUCAGCGUUAGGAUACAGGGGGUCCCUCAUGAAAGGUUGCCCUGUUGCUUCUACGAAGAGCAGCGGGUGGCCAGCAGUGGCCCCAUCUGGCCAGACCGUUACACGGAAGACUGUGCAGUGAAUGUUCGGUAUGUGUGUGCGGAGGACCCCUUGCCAGCCUGCUAUCCGGGCCUGCAUGAGGCGGGCCAGUGCGUUGCCAUCAUUCCCGAAGUCCGGGACUCAGAGCUGGCCCUGCCGGUAGAUUGCCACAGUGGCAGCAGCCCUUGGGAGGGGCCGUGUGGAACGGCAGCCCCCAGCAAGGCCCAGGGAGCGCCCGCGAAGGCAUUUUGCGAGCAAGGAGAGAUAUGGCAAGAAGGGUCACACCCGCCCAUGGCGGGCUUCCCGCUGGAGGAGUCCUGCGGGUUCUUUUCCAGCCCUCCGCAAGGUUGUUUGGAGGCCAUGGCCGCUGGAGAAGGCCCUCAAACUUUGGACCCCUACGACCAAGCAACGAUUGCCAAGGAGGAGGUGAAAGAAGAGGAGCCCCAGCCCUUUCAGAAGAUCGGUCCAAGUACGAUUGACCGAGUUUGCAACUUAAGUCAUUCACUAGCUUUCAGCGUUUCAGAGCUGAGGUUUCAGGCCCAAGCCAGGGAUGGAGCGUUUCUGGCAAAGGCAGGAAGCUCUCACUAGUCCAACAGAAAGAGCACAUUCUUUGCCCGUGCGGGACCCGGACUCCAUUCCUCUGGGCACGGCUGGUGACACGUCGGAAAAUCUUCCUCGGAUGUAUCUUUCACCGGGGUUUGUUUAAGGAGCACCGAUAGCAACCGCUAGGUUUUCCAAGGCGUAGCAGGCAGAAUAACUCCCAGGAUGCCCGAAAGCCGCUCGGUAUCAGGUCUGCUCGUCGGUCCAUCUGUCCCACGACUAUCGGCACGGACCGGCUGCAGGGCUCUGAACAUCCGUUCAAGCAGAGGGGUUUUUCCCAGCCCUUCCCUGGAAACGCAGGGGUGAACCCGGACCUUUUGCACGCAAAGCAACAGCUCGAACUCGGACUGCGGCCAUCCGUCAGGAGACAAGCAACCUGCUUGCAAAUAGCACUCCUAAGUAAACCAAAAAAUUAAUCUUCCACGUUUGACAUAGAGAAGAAACAAACACGGUUGAGUCGGGGAAUUAUAAAAUUAUUCUCGCUUAACGUUACAUACUUUUAUAAGCAUCUGGUUAAAACAAUCCAAUUUGGCCAAAGUAUUUAGAUGUAAAUACUUUAUUGCAAAGAGAAGGAAUUAAGCGCACGUUAUUUAUAAUUUAUAAUUUAUAAUUAUAUUCAGACCUAGGAAAAACAUUCCACUUGCAUUUCUCAUGACUUAAUUUUAGAAUUCACAAAGAGCUCUUCAUUAAAGGGGAAGAUAUCGUCUAAGUAUUGUCCUCUGGGAUAAAAAAAAGUACGUUACCAUGUUUUCUUCGGGAAUAGGGUGAAAUUGAGGGUGGGGAGCGAUAUUAAAACUAGAAAUCGAUCACGAUCUGAGAUGAUACCCCUCGUAAGCGCUGAUGAGAGCGCGACUUGGCCUUUGCUGUCUGCGACGGUUUAUACAGCCCACUCCCAAACGCUACUUCUGCAAAAGGAAGUCUAGCCUCUGUAGCAGCCGUGUCUUUUCAGCCUCUCUCCAGGAAAGAGAGCUGGGGCAAAACAGAGGAAACAGUUAACACGAAGGUGGGCGCCCAGGGCCCCCUCGGUCAAGAAAACUUGGAACUCAUCUCACGAGGUCACGUGGGAAACGUCUAGCCUGCUACGCUCUGAAUUGAGAUCCACGUUUGGGUCAAGGGUUUUUGGGAAAACCUUUUCUCCUUCCGAAAAUUGUUUUCUUACUUUGUAGAAACAGGCAACUAUACCUGUGAAUUCUGUGGCAAGCAGUACAAGUACUCCACGCCAUCCCAGGAACACGUGGCCCUUCACGCACCAAUCCGUGCGUAUCCAGCUGUGACACAGCAACCGGGGAGACCCCGGGAUCCAGGAUCUUUCAAGGCAGAGGCCAAUCGCACCUCUAAAGCGAUCACGAGGGACAGACCAGUACCGGCAUAUCUCCCUGAUAGCUGUCCUUUGGGGAUAUACUUUGAGAGAAGGAGUUGUUCCUAUUUCAGUGCAAAUAGUCAGGCCAGAUUGCCUAUAAUUGUUAAUACUAUAUUAAACCGUAAAUAAAAUUAUACCUGUAUUUUGCAGUUUA